AUGGCGGACAGAGAACCCGUCGUGGCUGGACUGCCGAGUGAACGCCUCUCCCAGUUGGCGUCGCCUCAGCUGGCGCAGAGGAAUCGACGUGAAAACGCCUUGGGGGCGGAACAUUCAGCUUUCAAAGACGAAAUGAGCUACAUAUUGCGCCCCUUUAAUCCUUCCGGCACCACCACUACCAGCAGUAGGAAGAACACAGCACGAGACAUGAUAACCCCCCAAGGGUACGCGGGCAAGUCGACAGCGCAGCUCAACAACUCCCGCUUCAACCACGGCUGCAAAAAGCAGUCCUCUGCUGCAAACAAAUCAGACCAAAUGACUCUUCUCUUCUCCUGUUCAAAGAACUCUCCCCAACUGCCCUACAGAGGAAGCACACGACCGCUGAGGCAGUAUAUAGCCACCGAUCAGCUUCCACAAGCUUUCUGCACCAAGUUCCAAGUCACAGACCCUUUAACCGGGCGCACUGAAAUCAUGACGGCACGAAGACCCGGAAAAGCAGCGGCAGAAACCAACCUCUCCAAUUUCGACUCCAACAUGCUUCCCAGAGAAAGAACCUUCUCCUUGAUGAAGGCUAAGGACAACAUAGAUCACGACAUACUCGGUCUAAUGCCCAAGACGAAUGCGGAACUGAAGUUUACUGCGUGCACCAUUCCAAGGCAGCACAAGCUGCCUACGCUCGAGUGCAAAGACAGGUUCAGGCUUCGCAUUGUACCGUAUAUGUUUUUUGCUAGAGAGUGUAGAGUUUCACAGCACGGAGCAGCCGGGGCCCAGGCUCUUGAGCUGGCAUUAAGAUUGGUGGCAGCAGGACAGCCGAUGGAGUCUGAUUAUAACAGCCAACAAUCUUCAGAGGUCCCUAUGGUCUUUGAGGAAGAGGUGCAGGUGUCGCCGGAACGUCCACAGGAACCGUCUGCUUUCGACGAUUCCACCGGCGGCUCCGAACCCUCGCUCGCUUCGAAUAGCGGUGUGUUGCCAGAGACGCACAAACAAAGCAGCGGGGGGUUCACUGAAACCUCAGCUUCUCUGGUCGAGACUGCAAGUCAACAAAGUAUCCCUGAAGGAGCAGAUGCAAACUUAGUUCAGGGAGAUGGCCGAGGACUGGAUGCGAUCGUUCCCUUCCUGUUGCCAUUGCGGCCUUACGCGCCCGUUUUCUCCAACCCAGAUGGGUCUAUAGGCAUUCCCUCUUAUAUGGAAGAUCAUAAUGGGUUUUCCAUUCCUGGUGACACCGCGGAGGCUGCUUCACCGCCUCGUUUUGCUUUUUACGGACCACAGAGCGAAGACCUGCGGAUAGAUGACUGUCAGCAUUUCGACGCUUUCCUCGUCUCUCCUCUGCCUUCUUCUGUCGCUUCCAGGUUCAGCAACUUCGUACAAAAAGAAGCAGCACAGGCGGACGGCAUGCCCUACUUGCACCACAUCCAUGGCCGCCCCGCAGAAGACCCCGCAGACGGCGAAGAGAAUCCACGUCUCGUCGUUGAGGGAGGCAAAGUGACUCCUCUUUGGUCUGAGUAUACAGAAGAUAAUCCCAUCUUCCGCAUGGAUGAGGGAACAGUAACUUUGAUUCGUCUUGUGGCCCCCGUCAAGACUGCUUACGAUGCCAUGGCGUCCAUGAUGCUGAUGCCGAUAAUCGACGUGAAUCUUGCCUAUGGAGACGGUGGGCUGCGGCAGUAUGUACAGCUGAGCGGCCGUGGUCGAAGCUUAUCGGGCAUGAUGAUGUGCCACGCAGGGCUCCUCCUUUCCUACAAAGUCAGCGGCGAGGAGGGGAGGCAGGCGGACCACCAACACCAGGACGAGACCCACCGGCCUGUAGCUGAGUUGCAUGUUGUCUACAAGAGCUGUUUUGCAGUUGAGGGCAACAGCAGCGACCCCAUAUCUGUAAGGGCUGAACUUCGCUUCAAGGCGCCAGCUGGGUUCAACAUUGCCAUAGGCCCCUUGACGCCUUCCCCCAGUAAAGGAAGCGCAUCUUCCUUGACGCGCAGCGCUGCCGACUUUCCGUGGGAUCCUAGUCUCGCUCCUUCUCCGACUGUCUCAGACUUGAGGGCUGUGACAGCGAAGGAAGGCGAUCUGGUGGCCAAUGGACUGGCUGCUGAUCGAGUCGCCUCUGUACAGCCCGACACUUUGGUGUUUGAUUCUUCGCAAGACUUCGUCGAAUUGUAUGCGUGGUGUCGAGGGUGUAAGGACGGCAAAAUAGAUAUGCAAAUUCCAACGGCAGCCGCCGACUUGCAAGUGAUGUAUCCUCUGUUGUACAACUACAUCGGGAGCAGCAGAAGAGAAGAAACAGAGACGGAGCAGUCCGCUAGUCUCGUUGCCUCCAAGCCGUCUUCUCACGUGGUCCUUAGGGAGGUGCUUCCUGGCUUAGAGGAAAACGUGCGCAGGUUCAUUCUGCAGUUUCAGUGCAAGUCAGAGGGGGAGUCGAUUGUGGGGAUUGAUUUCUCUUUCCAUGGCUACAAACCUCAGCCAGCCUUCGGGAUCCCUCUUGCAGCUCUGGGGUUCUCAGCGAAGACGGGUCAGCUUGUUGUCUCGCGUCCUGUGGCACGUGUGGUGGCGAUGGAUGUGAAGAGCGAGAAGUAUCGCAGUGCUGCAGCAGCAGGUGUUUCCUCCGCCCCACUUCCCCGCAGCUUGUCAACCGUACAGGGCCAUCAAAGUUGGCACAUAGCCACUGGGGCCCUUCUGGUCUACGUGUUUACUGUCUGCUACGGAGUUCACGUCCUAAAGGAACCCUUCCCUUUGGCGGCAGCGCCUUCUGCCUCUCAGCUGCUCAACACCAUCUUGUUGAUUGUCGGCCAUCUGCGACAUCUGUACAAGACGCACGGCGGUUCUCUUUUUGCGGGGGAAGGGUUUCACUCGUACACCCCGUUUGACGAUGGGAAGGGGAAGGCGGCUGGGCGUCACUUGAGCAGCAAAGAAAAUCCUUUCUGCCCUCCUGUGCGGUGGCGUGCUAGCGAGGAGCGCAGCUCCUGCAUUCGCCUGACUUCCUUGAAGGCAAGACAAGCAAGAGAAACCAACGCAAACCUCCAGCCCGAAGAGCCCAUCCGCCCUCUGGAGUUCUGCGAUAUUGAGGCAGACGCUUCAAACCUCCGCGAUAGAAGCGGCUCUAUAGAAGAAGACAGCCUCUGGGAGGGGCCCCAAAGCGACUUUCAAGCAGACACUUGGGCAGAUGACACCACGACGAUUCUUACCUCCCAACAAGAAGCCUAUUCAAACCCACAAAGCAAUCAUCACUACACACAGUUUUCUGGAAGCUCCUACGAGCCCUUCUGA